AUGGCGGCCAAGAUCAGGCUAAGCAAGAACGCUGUCUUGCAUCUCCACCGCCAUGGCCUCCAGCAGACGGAUCCCUUUGAACCCGCCUAUGUCCAGGUAAUGUCCAUCUACCAAGCAUUUGUCGAUGCUGCCACCGUGAGCCUGGACCCGGCAUACCAAGGACAGAACACCGUCUAUGAGUUCAGGCGACCCGAGGCCAAGGUUGACUCAUUACAAACUGGUUUGCUUGCUCCUUGCGUUCCCGCCUCCACUUCCUGGCUCAAUGCCCCGCCCAUCGUCCUGCUGGGUGAAGUUGUGCGCGUCCGUCGUUUUCCCCGGGAAAUUCACCAGUCGGGGGUGCGCGCGCUCCGCCCAGUUGAACAUCAACGCAAGUGCGUAGCCCCGCCCGCCGCCUGCGCUGGUUUGUGCUUGCCAUUCUCACCCGCCACGCCGGUCAUCCCUGCCUUGCAUGCCAGACUGGAUCGCCACACCGCUUUGGCCAGUCAUUGCCAACUACGGCUACUCGCCAAUCUAGACAGCAUUGACAUGGCGGCAUCAGGUUUUGAGCUCAACCGUGAGGCGCUCAUCUACCCCGAACCUACAGUUCCCCACACCGACGCUGCGUCAACGCCUGGUGCCACAGACCCGCUCCGGCAGCAGCUACUGGACACCCGUGUCUUUUUAGGCCAGGCCAUCAAUGAUCUCAAAGGUCUUGGCCAGCAAAAGGGUUGCUUGAUUGUCACUCUGCUUCGAAAGUCCCCCAUCUACUGCCACGCACGCGCUGACACUACUCAGAAAUACCCGGUGCGCGCCUACCUCGAGGUUCGCGAUCAUGUCGGUGGCCCCAAGGCCGUCAUUGUGCUCUGGACCCGUGCUGUCCACCUCUUCUACGAAUGCCUGGAAGUCGGUGAUGUCCUGGUGAUUGAGAACUACAACCUUCGCCGCCCAACCAUGUUCCUUCCCAUCUUCAGUAACGCUGAACUGGAAAUCAGCGCCAACUCGAGUCACCUCGAGACCCGCAUUCGCAUUCUCUCCCCAGCCCAAGUCACGCGCAUUCAACCCAACGUACCGAGCUUGGGCCAGGAACUCUGCUUGCGACCCCGUAUCGUCGCACCCGCGUGUGAAAAUGGCUCCGGCACAUCCAUCGCGGGCAUCGUCACACACGUGGGUCGGCUGCGCCGGACGACCAUCCGUCACCGCGCUUGCCUGCAACGUUGGAUCAAGGUAGUGGAUUUCAGCCAAGGUGAUCGACCCUGGCUUGUUGCGCUGGAUUGCGCGGCAAAUGCCGAGCUCUUUUUCGACCUUUCACCGGGCAUGGCCGUCCUCAUUAUGGACCUCAAGCUCCAAUGGAUUCUACCAGCACCUGAUGUGCUCUCGUACAAUGUCUGCCGCGAGCCCUUUCUCUUUUCAACCGACCGCACUCGCAUGUGCGCCUUGCUCGACGCUGAAUACGAAGCCCGCUUUCCACAAAUCGCCGCCCUGGUUGACACGGUUCACGGCUUGGUCCCCAUCCUGAAGCAUGUGGCCGAGCACCGCGAAGAGGUCAAGAGACACGGAUUGGUCGGCGGUUGGCUUCCUUAUCGCUAUUUGAUCGAGGAGUUGGGUUGGCAAGAUUCCCUCGACUGGGCCAAAGACUUGACCCCCAUGGCAACCCUCUUUGAGGCAAGCGUGUGCAUGCGUUGA